AAAAAAGUUAGGCCACCAAUUUUUAAAUGCAAAACUUGGGGUUUAUGAUAAAAUUUUCACGUGAAAUUCAAAUAUUCUGGUAAUUUUUCGCAUUUUCUCGCAUUUGUCAACAAAAAAAUCCUAGGCCACCUAAACAAAAAGUUAGGCCACAAAUUUUUUUGCUGCACAAUUUGGGUUUUUGAUGAAAUUUUUACGAAAAAUUCGAAUUUUCAGUCAACUUUUCAAAAAAAAAACUACAUUUUUGGUAAUUUUCAUCACAAAAAAUCGGGGUUUUCGGAAACAUGCACAGUAACAUCCCAAUUUUUCAGAAAAUAUCAAUUUUUUCCAGAUUUUUUCGCCGGAUUCUCAACGAAGCGCGUUUGCAUUCUCCCCGAUUUUCGAAAAAUCGUCACCAUGUUCCUUAUCACUUAUCAGAAGAAAAUGAAUAAUUAAAAUGUUUCUUAUCGGGGUGUCUAAUUGACUCUUCGAGCACCUGACACAGUGUCACCAGAUGCACCUGCCGGAAAAUGCGCCGAUUUUUGCUUCUGUUCCACGUAUUUUUUGCGUUUUCACACAGUUUUCCUGUUAGAAAUGAUGAUCGUGGAGUUUUGCCGAAUAUCGACGCUCUAUUCUGUACAAAUAAGGAUUUAAGACAAGUAGUCUUCAAUGCAUUGCAAAAUAUUACAAAUCCAAAGGCAAUCGCCGUUGAUCAAGUUCAGGCAGCUAUUCAAACCGCCCUAAUCCCGAAUUUCGCGUCUUCCGGUGGCACAUGGCUUGUCAGUGCCACGUCAUAUCAUCGUGUAAAUGGAUAUGUGGAUGAUCGGGCGACGAGUAUGGACACGUUUUGUGCUGUUAAUGAUAUUAACUUGAGUAUGUAUAUUGUAAUUAUGAAAAUCGAUAAAUGAAUUUAGAUUCUAAAAAA